UUCCGCUGAAGCCUUGUAACUUGCACAGUGAAGUUGAUACAUGCAGUGCUCAUAUAGUUCCUCCGGAUUUGUCUGGCGCGACAUGUUCCUUCGAACCCGCAGCGCCAACCAGAACACUCUCCUCGCUAUCACUAGCCUUGCUUGACACACCACACACUUAGGAUAUUAUAAUAUGGCAGAGGCCCUCCAUCCAUCUCUCGCGGGCCCUAGCGUCUUACUCCUUCGUUGCUUGGCAGCUGGUCUGAAGAGUCUUGUCACUAUCGCGGCGGCCUUCCCCUCCACUGUAACUUUCUCAGGAGUGGAGGGCGGUGAUGUAUCAUUUCUCAAGGAGACAACCUACGACUUUGUGGCUAUUGACGGUGGACCCUUGGGAUUAGUGGUCGCUCAUCGCAUCAGUGAGGACGAGUCUCGUAAGUUUCAACAAUAACUCUGUGACUUUUCCAAAUGCACUUUUGUACGUAUCA